UUUCAAUUCAAUUUUAGCACAAAGAAAAGAUCAAACCAGCGAAGGCGGUCCUCUCUUCUCCUUUUCUCCCUCUAUCGACCAAUCACCGGGUCAAUCUUGAAUAUUACUUGGAAUAUUACUUGGUGAGGUGCAAAUUCACUUGUGAGAAAGUGGUGGAUGCAUUCCUGUAGCUCAUGAUAUUGGUUUCUGCCUAGUGCGUGAACUUUGAGUUGAGCAACUUUUUAUCACAAUGGGAAACUUGCACCGCAGUGGGGUGUUUAGGAAGUCGAAUGAUAGUGCUCGACUCAUUAUAACAACUUUUAUGGGGAUGCUGCUUGGAUAUUUUAUAGGUGUUUCGUUUCCAUCAGUUUCUUUAACUAAGAUUAGUUUACCUUCAAGCCUCAUGUCAUCUUUUGAUAUAGCCUUUAAUGAUGAUCGCCAUAGUUCUGCUAGUCGUAGUUUUCCUGAAAAUCUUGGUUCUGGCAGUACUCCUUCAACACCUAAGAUCUAUGUUCCUACAAACCCUCGUGGUGCAGAGUCUUUGCCACCAGGAAUUGUAGUUUCAGAGUCAGAUUUUUAUCUUCGAAGAUUAUGGGGUGAACCUAGUGAGGAUCUGAAACGGAAGCCCAAGUACCUAGUAACUUUUACAGUUGGUUUGGAGCAAAAGAACAAUAUUGAUGCAGCAGUGAAGAAGUUCUCUGAGGAUUUUCAAAUUAUGCUUUUUCACUAUGAUGGGUGGACCAGUGAAUGGGAUCAGUUUGAGUGGUCACAGCGUGCAGUACACGUUAGUGUUAGGAAGCAAACAAAAUGGUAAGAUUCAUCAAUUCUAGCUUAGGAUC